UAAAGAUAGAGGCCCUUGUGCCUGGGACUCCAAAACCCACAGGGCAGCUGGAGUCACUAUGGAACGGUGAGUUUCAGGCCGCCAUCGUACAGAUCCCUUGCCCCUCUCCCUGCAGAUUCCCUGCCCCGCGUCUUGUAGAAGCUGCUGAUUCUGCCCGGAUCCACCUGAGCACUGGACUCCAGGUCUCUGAGGCUGUGGGCAGCCCGCCCGGACCCUGUGGUAUGACAGACCCAAAUAUGUUUUCAUGGAGUUUUGUGUUGAGGACAGCACCGACGUGAAUGUGCUCAUUGAGGACCACCGCAUUGUGUUCAGCUGCAGGAACGGUGAUGGAGUGGAGCUGUACAAUGAGAUCGAGUUCUAUGCCAAGGUGAACUCCAAGGACUCUCAGGAUAAGCGCUCUGGUCGCUCUAUCACUUGCUUUGUGAGGAAAUGGAAGGAGAAGGUGGCCUGGCCACGGCUCACCAAGGAGGAUAUCAAGCCAGUGUGGCUCUCUGUGGACUUUGAUAACUGGAGAGACUGGGAAGGAGAUGACGAGGUGGAACUGGCUCAGGUGGAGCAUUACGCAGAGCUUUUGAACAAGGUCAGCACCAAGAGACCUCCCCCUGCCAUGGAUGAUCUAGAUGAUGAUUCUGAUAGUGCGGAUGCAGCAACUAAUUAGGUUUCUGUGACAGCAGAACUGGGGAGGAGGCUGUAGCUACCUUCUGUCGUGUGGAAAGGCUAUGGUGCGCCUUCAUCAACUGUUUUGUUAUGCAUCAAGAUCCACUGAGACCUCUGGACUUUUCCAGAAGCUUUUCUUCCUUCCUUCCUUCCUUCCUUCCUUCCUUCCUUCCUCCCUUCCUUCCUUUUCUUUUUUUCUUUUUUAUUUUUGUUUGCCUUUCCCUCCAUGGGUGUUAUAUGUGCCCUGCUGGACCUUCCUUCCUUCCUUCCUUUCUUUUUUUCUUUUGUUUUUGGAGACAGGGUUUCUCUGUGUAGCUUUGGAACCUGUCCUGGAACUCGCUCUGCAGACCAGGCUGCUGGCCUUGAACUCACAAAGAUCUGUCUCCUCAGAAGCUCUUUGUUGUUGUUGUUUUUCGAGACAGGGUUUCUCUGUAGCUUUGAAGCCUAUCCUGGAACUAGCUCUUGUAGAACAGGCUGGUCUCAGCAGAGUCCACAGAGAUCCACCUGCCUCUGCCUUCUGAGUGCUGGAAUUAAAGGCGUGCACCACCACCUGGCAGAAGCUUUCUUAAGGGUCCCUACUUAUGCCACAGGUCUUCCUCCUGGUUGCUCCAGUGUGGUCUGCAUUGGCUAGGAGGGAGGGUGAGGCGCUGGCUGUUGGGGUUUCUGACUCCCAUUGAUUUGCCUUAGAAUCUAUGCUUGGGAUGCUGGGGUUGUUUGGACACACGUUUCUAUGUGGUAAAGCAAAGGCCAAAAAAAGAGAGAUUACAGUAAAUUCUAGGAGUGUUGCUGUCUCCUUCCUUCUGGCACUUUCCCCUCACUCUGGGAAGCCUUGUCAGAGAUUCUGGCCCCUUUUGCAGCGUGUAUCCUAGUCAGGGGAUUUCAUCUCACCCAGAUAGACAACCCAGUCAGCCCUUGACCCUUAGCUUCCUGUACAGCUCUGUGAGAGUGUGCAGUGUAUGUUUCAGAGAACAAGAGUUUGGUUCUUAGCACCCAUACCAGGGUUGUGAGGUGGUUCACAACCACCUGUAACUUAGUACACAUACACAUAAAUAAAAUAUUUUUAAAAAUCCACAUUAUCAUAAAUCACAGGUUUCUGAGGUUUGUGGGUUAAUUUUUUUCCCUAUAGUUAAAAAAAGUUACAUGCUGAAAUGUUAUGGAUGUUUGUUUUAAUUAAAAUAUUAAUAUACACACCU